CCGUGGGCGCCUCGCGCAUACGUGGUGUCCCGUCGUGUCUCGUGUCGCGCGAAAGACGCGUCUCUCGCCGCCGUGUGGUCUACGCGCGCGCGCGCGCGCGUAGACUCGCUCGUGCUCUAGAAUCGUCAACCGGGAGUAACGUAGCGUCACUCGUCCCCGCUGCUCCGGAUCGCAUGCCUGCACACUUAGCGUUUUGCAAUUUCCGAAGAAAUGGCUGGUAUCGGCAAAAGGAUGCUCUUACGUGAUAUUAACCAACAUUUGGUCUGUCUACUGUGUCGAGGCUACCUCAUAGAUGCCACAACCAUAGUGGAGUGUUUGCAUUCCUUUUGCAGAAGUUGCAUUUUGAAAGCACUCAGCACUUCGGCACAAUGCCCAUCGUGCAAACAUGCGCUCAACAAAGCGAAGCCAAAUAUCAAAGCCGAUAAAGCGCUACAGGAGAUCGUGUAUAAAUUGGUGCCCGGAUUAUACCAUAGAGAAAUGCUAAGGAGGAGAGAAUUUUAUAAAAAGCAUCCCGAACAUGCGAAUCUAACAACGCCGGAGCAACGCGGUGAAGAUGUAAGUGGACGAUUAAUAUUCAAUCCGGAGGAUGUGGUGAGCUUGAGCUUGGAAUACCUGCCGCCAGAAGCAGAUCCGUUGGAUAUAUUGAGUAUCAAUGACGCGGAUACGAACAGCUCGAAUAGCGUCCACAGCGGUGGCAAUACCAAUAACAGUAAUCACAAUGGCAAUACCGGCAACAGCAGGAGAUACUUGCAGUGUCCAGCUCUCGUGACUAUUGCGCAUUUGAAAAAGUUCAUAUCAAUGAAAUACAGCGUUGACGUAACAAGAUACACCAUCGAAAUUUGUCAUCGACGCGCAACCCUUCCCGAAAAUUGGACCCUCAUGGACGUCGCUUAUAUUUACGCGUGGAAAAGGAUUGCACCGAUGAGAUUUUUCUACCUGGUGGCGCAUGAACAAAGACUCGAAGCACCGCUGCAUCAAAGACCAUCGACUCCGGGAUUGGGAGCUCGGGACUGUUUGCCACCGAUCGACGUUCGGAAUAACAGUGAUAUAAGCACUAAUCUUGUUAAUCAGAUUCCGGAAACCUCUAAAUCAGAAGUUAAAUCAGAAGUUAAAUCAGAAGUUAAAUCAGAAGUUUUAUCUGCGAGCGAUAGCGAUAGGACAACGUCUUUAACGAAAAGUUUGGAUAAGAUUGCAAACAGCAAGAUAAAUACGCCCGUGGAUCGUAAGCCAACAGUGACAAGCGAGAAAGACGAAGCAAACAAAACGACGACAACAUCCGCAACGUCGACAUUAACAGCGACGAGCGUGACGACGACAAUAUUGACCACGGUAGCGACAAACGUGUCUUCGCCGACGACGACAACGACGACAACGACGAUGUGCAAUGAUUCAAGCAAGCAGAUAAAGAGUCCGAUUAAGAUAAUGAAGAAUCCGGACGGAAAAUAUGAAGUGUUAAAGAAUCCCCCUGCUCCUUCUACAGAUAUUAAGAGUCCAACAAGUCCUGAAUUUAGUGUCGUGAAUUCCAAUGGUGUCAAGAUAACGCUGAAGCAAUGUUCACCGCCACAAAAUAGCAAUGCGAAGAAACCGAAAGUCAUCAGCGACGUUCUAUUGCGUUGCGGUCAAGUGGAGAAAGACGCACCGUUGAUUCAGCGACUGCAACAGGCACAAGAUAAAGAUAAAUUUACUAUCCAGACUAAUCCAGUAUUGCCGGAUAAGUUGGAAAAGCAACGGCGUAAAGUGACCUUCUCAGUAGAUCGAUCUCCAACAUCCGAGAAGACCUCUCCCACUAACGCCAGCGGUACCGUGCCAAAAACAGCGUUGAAGAAACCAGCGGAGCAACAGGAUAAAAAGCAAUUCCUACAGGGUUUUCAGUUGACCGCUCGAGAACCAUCGGUACCAAAUGAUAGCAAGUUGAUGCCUACUAUUCGAGACAUCGGUGUCGCAGUGAGCGCCUUCAAAUCUCUUCCAAAAGCUAACGCAAAAGUGGAGGAAUCCUUUAAGAAAGACACUGAUGAAAUUAAGAAAAAGAGCAAUACUGAGAACGCUGGCUCGAAUGCGAACAGCAACACCAUCGCGAUCGCGAAACGGAAUCUCCUCGGAAUGACUGCUAAUUCGCGUACAAAUAAAACCAAUGACCCAAACGGACGUGCAUUCAAUUCGGGAGUCAGUUCAAACAACACGAACAUCGCGAGCAGCAAGAUGGAUGUGUAUACCUUUUCUAGCGAUCCGCCGAUUGUCCCAGCCGGAGCGGUAAAGAGGAAAUGCCCGCCGGGUGUACCAAUUGCAGAUUUGAAGCGUCGAAAAUCGCCGCAGAUCGCGCAGAAACAGGAAGCUAAGAGGCAAAACGCUUCUUCGUAUAAUUCUGUUAAGCUAUCGCGCACUUCUUCCGCGGAACAUGUGGUACCUACGAGUAAAGCGACCAAUCUAGUAGGAGAUUACAGUGGCAAUUCAAGUCGCAUGCCCAACGCAAAAGCGUCGACCAGCCCGCUGCUGCCGAAUGACACUAGGGAUUUUCUAGUAGAUGGCUACGGAUUGAAUAUUCCGGCGAGUUUGAGCAUAACGCUAACGUCCCCCAAGUCUUCCGGGACUUCCGGGCAAGUCGAGUUCAAAGAUCCCAACGAUAAUAAUCGCGGAAAGGUCGCACUGGGUAAAGUGAAUCCUAGUAUCACGUUGAACGAUCGGUCGGUCGACCCGCGUGUGUUGAAGGCUUUGAAGACGGGACAGAUCAGAAUGCCAGCCACUCCAACGAAGGGCAAACCAGCGGCAACAACGGUAGCGACAACGAAACAGACACCAAUGACAGCGGAUCGUAGCGAGAUAACAACGAGCCAGCAACGAACGACAAUGUUUGCUGGCAAACGGAAGAGGGAACACGAAUUAUCCAAGGACAUUCUGGAUUUGAGCGGAGGUAAAAAGAGUAUGGAUUUACAUCCUUUGAGAAUCCCUCAACCGGUGACGAAACUUAAUCAAAACAAGACCAAUAAGAUUACGAGCAGGGAUAAUAUGCAACCGGGUAGCGUCUCCGAUCAGGGUCAACUGGUGACACUGGGCAAUCAUCUGUAUUAUCGAGCACCUCCAGGUUCUUUGACACCCGCAGCUCACCGUGUUAAUGAUUUUCCAUUACCACCAUCGCCAUCGCGUACCCCUGUUUACGCACCGUGCCUCGGCUCCCUCAAUCGAUCGAGCUCGGACCUUUCAUCCGUCUUUCCGACUCUGUCGAGUUUUUACGCUCUGAAUCAGGCACCGAAUCUUCAGCAGUUUCAGAUGGAUACGGCGCGACUGAAAUUACCACCGCGUCCCGUUGCAGAAAGCGGCGCGACUUCUGCGACGUCUGGAAGUGGCGACAAUCCAGCCAAUUCCAAUAUUAGUGGCGUGCCAGGGAAGAGUCAUUUAGCCGCUCAGUGCGCGCCGGUUAAGCCCGCAAGAUCUUCCGUGGCAUCCUUGGCUGUUCCCAUCAAUAAACAACAACACUCUGCGGACAAAUCUGCAAACGUUAAUACCAAUCGGACGAUCUUGGGCGACUCCUCGAGCAAACCUUCGGCUUUUCGUAACAACGAAGAUCACGGCUCGUUGGACGACACUCUUCGUUUGAACAUUCAAAAAAGAUUUGCCUUGGAUGUCGAGAGUACAAAUAACAGGUUUCUGUCGCGGAACGAGGAUGCAAAGAGCACCAGCCAAGCCACGAACGAUACUGCUAGAGAUACAAAUGCCGAGUCCAAGAAAGAAGCGACCAAUCCUAACAAUUCGCAACAACAGCAGCGGCAACAGCAACAGAAUCGCGAGGCAGCGAGUCCUAAUAUCGUGUCGUCGACGGCUUCGCCGUCGCCACCUCCCGGCAAUGGUGGGGCGAGAAGUGAGGGUAGCACUAGUCAGGGUGACAAUAAUAUUAACAGCUCAAACGGGGAUAAUAACGGGACGUCGUCGAGUCCGACGAAGAGCAUCGUUUCCGAAGCGACCUGCAACAAAUCGCCAGACAGCCCGGACUCCAGUUCGAUCACGGUAGAGUCCAGUUCAGGCACGAGUUCAAGCAAGACGACGGAUCGGGAAGUGUCGACGGAUGCGACGAAGACCUCGGACGCGAAUCCAACCGCGGUCGGUGAUUCGACCGCACCUGACGACAAGAACAAGUUUCCCGUCAAAUCGGAAGCGAGUGAGAUCGCGAAGCAAUUGACUUCCGUGCAGAAAACGUUGCUGGCAGUUUUUCCCUCGAACGAAUGGGCGAACAAUCCCAUUGCCGCCGAGCACCUGGGAAACUUCCUGAAGAGCCUCAACGCCACGAUAAAAAAUGAAGGGAGCACUGACGAAUCUAAGACGGAGAAAACCGAUCGGAAGACCGAGGGUAGCGAGACUCGGUAAUAAUAUUUCCGACGAGGAUGAAAAAAUGAGCUUUUAUUUUACGUUGUUGCGAGGAAGUGAUACGCUAUGGUGUUUUCGAGUCAUCGGUGUGAAUUUUAUAUAGGAUUUUAAAAGACAGUUUUUAGUUUCUUUCAUUUGGAUGAUUGUUAUAGACUGGAUGUUUCACUGAAUCCAUUAUUAUACGCGAUAACGCGCGUAUAAAACAUGAUGACAAUGAGAAAAAAUAUAGGAAACAAGCAGACAAACGGAUAAACUCUGAGACACUGCCAUAUGAAUGGAAAAAUGCGUGGAAUCAUUUUUUACAGGGAUGCACACAAUUAUUAUAAUUCACGCGAAGUGGAUGAGGAGAAUCUCACAAAGAACGUUACGUAUAUUAUAGAGUACACAGAAUAUACAGAAUAGUAUUAUAAAGAGCAGUAGGUCGAGAAUCUUAUUUUUUCAAGUUUCUUAAAAAGAAUCUUUCAUAUGCUCUGAAAUGAUCUAUAGACUAUAUUAUUGAUCUUGUCAAAUUAAAACUUGGAAACAUUCCGGAAGAAAGAAUCUCCACAUCUUUCUCUGAGAAUCUUCUUCGCAGAGAUCAGAAUGUAACUUUUGAUCAGUGAUACAGAUUGACAACGACAGCUUGCUUCAUGACUGAAUUAUGUCCCGUAUAGUUUACAAUCAUUGCUUUCAAUAUUUGCUAUUGGAAUCGGAUCAUGUAACAAAAUCACCUCUUUAUAUAUUCAAUUUAUGAAUAGCAAGUGUUAUAGCUGCGUUGUAACAGUUAUAAUAAAGAAAAGUAACAAGAAGUUAAAAGUGGUCCAAGCAAAAAUAAGUGGUAAACUGUAUUCGUAUAUCAUAUAUCCCAUUGAUUCCUUGAUAUAGAUUCAAUAUCACGUUUUACACAAUAUAAUUUUUCUAAAAGUUGCUAAUGUAUGAUAAAGUGAUUGCAAAAUUAAGAAGAUUGCAAAAUUGAAUCAAUAGGAUAA